AUGACUCAAGCUGCUCCAGAUUAGAACAUGCCAUUAGACGAUAUAAAUUCCACUUAAAAACAAUCAAAUGGAUUAGGGAUUGCUAAAAAAAUAAAAAAGAAGGAGAAAGGAUGCUUUUGUAGAAAAUAAAAACAGAAAAAAAUAUAUACAUGUAUUUCACCAGAUGAAUCCUCUUAUGAAUGUGUAGGAUGGGAAGAGGAAGAUUUAUUUAACAGAUAAUCUGACUAACGACGACAAAACAAAGAAAUAACAGAUCUUAAAUGUUUGGCUUGGAACCUUGAACUCAUUAUCAAAAAUGCAAAAUAAUAACUUGAAUAUUUGGAGGGAACUAUGCCAUCAGAUCAUCUAAAAAAUUGA